UUGCUUUUUCAGAAUUAUAACUUCUUAAACGAUCAUCUUCAAAAUAAGCGUUUGUUCUUAACGGAUAGUGAGUCAGAAUCUGGUAACAAAGAUAAAAAAGAAGAGAAACUGCGCACUAAAAGUUUCAAAAAUGGCGACAAAAAAAAGAACCGAAAUAAUAAGGAAGAGAAAGAUGGUGGUGAGAACAAAAUGUCAGAUGAUUCAGAAAGUGAUGGAAUGAGAGAGAAGUCUGGCAGAAGAAGUACUCGAAAAAUCAUGAGCAAGGAAAAGUUGCAAAAGGAUACAAUAGAUGCUGAAUUGGCAGAAAAAGAGCGGCGUAAACGGUUGGAGGCGAAGCAGAAAGAGUUUAAUGGCAUCGAAUUAGCAGAUGGACCAGAUUUAGCGACUGCUCUAAGCUCCUCACCAGAAAUGAUAAAGAAACAACGUUUGAAAAGCGUUAUCUUAGAUCCUGAUAAAGUAGGCAAUCCUCCAUGUCCAGUAUCAGUGCAUUCAUCGUUAGUUGCUUGCUUGAAGCCGCAUCAAGCUAAGGGCAUUCAGUUUUUGUACGAUAGUUCAAUUGAGUCAUUGGAACGAUUAGAAAACGAUGGUGGUGGGGGUAUUCUUGCUCACUGUAUGGGCUUGGGUAAAACUCUACAGGUUAUUGCUUUUCUGCAUACUGUUAUGAUGCAUUCUAAGCUGCGUGAUCAUAUCAGACGUAUACUUAUUAUUGUACCAAAAAAUGUAGUAUUAAAUUGGUACAGUGAAUUUGAAAAAUGGCUCGAUAAUGAAAAUAUUGAUAAAAAUUUGGCUACAAUAAAUGUUAUGGAAUUAGAUUCUUUUAAAGAUUAUGGAUCUAGACGAAUUGCUCUACGAAAUUGGUUCCAAAGUGAAGAGCCAUCUGUCAUGAUUAUUGGUUAUGAUAUGUUUAGGAUUUUGACACAAGAUCAUGAUGAUAAGUCAACAAAGAAUAAAAGACUGGCAAAAUUCCAGCCGGAAUUUAGAAAAUUUCUACAGGAUCCUGGCCCGGACUUGAUUGUGUGUGAUGAAGCACAUAAACUGAAAAAUGAUGACUCAGCUCUUGCAAAAACAAUGUCGAAAAUUCGGACUAAGCGACGAUUGUGCUUGACUGGAACUCCCCUUCAAAAUAAUCUUAUGGAAUAUCACUGUAUGGUAAAUUUUGUAAAACCGGGUUUGCUUGGAACUAAAGCUGAAUUUGCAAACCGUUUCACAAAUAUCAUUAAUCGUGGAAGAACAAAAGAUGCGACACCAGUAGAAGUCCGUCGAAUGAAGAAGCGCUGUCAUGUUCUUUAUGAACAUCUGAAAAAUGUUGUUGACCGCAAGGAUUAUCGAGUAUUGACGGAAGCGAUCCCACCAAAGCAAGAGUACGUAAUAAAUGUUCGAUUGACCAGUCGACAAAUAGCAUUGUAUCGGCGGUAUCUUGAUGGCAUUGCUCCUGAAGGUAUUCUGUUAAGUAGACGGCUGCUUCCAGAUUAUCACGUGCUAUCACGUAUUUGGACACACCCGUAUCAGUUAAUUGCUCAUCAAAUUGAACUUGAUAAAAAGGUUAUUCAUUUCAUUGAAGAUAAUGAAAAUGAAACACCUUUUAUUUAUUUAUCUCAAUAUCUCAGAUUUUUAGAAACAUAUGUUUCUAUAGUAGCUUUAUCAUUUUGCAGAGAUGACAAUGAUGAGCCUGAAACAAGCAGCAAGCUAAAUGUACCAUCACGAAAGUCGCGUAGACUUGCUGGUCAGGACACAGAUUUGGAAGAAAAAGAAACUGUUUUGGAAUGCAAUGAGUGGUUUACAACCUCUGGUUUAGUGAGUGAAAACGAUCGAAAUGAUUUUUCACUCAGUAAUAAACUAACUCUACUGAUUGAAAUUAUCAAGAAAAGUGAGGGUAUUGGAGAUAAAUUAUUAGUUUUCUCACAAAGUAUUGAAUCUAUUGUAUUGAUCAAACGGAUGUUGCAAUAUAUGGAUGAGAAUGGUCUCUGGUUUAUCGAUGGUCAUGAAGCAAUGAAAGCUGCUAACGAAACGUGGUCCUGGAAAGAAGGCUGUGACUUCAUGGUGAUUGAUGGACAGGUACAAAGUAGCAAGCGGCAUGAAAUACAGACAAAGUUUAAUGAUCCUAACAAUUUACGUGCUCGUUUGAUGCUGAUUUCGACGCGUGCUGGUUCACUAGGAACUAAUAUGGUUGCUGCAAAUCGGGUUGUUAUUUUCGAUGCAUGCUGGAAUCCUUCUCAUGAUACACAGUCAUUAUUUCGAGUUUACAGAUUUGGACAGACAAAACCGGUUUACAUCUACAGGCUUAUUGCUCAGGGGACAAUGGAGGAGCGAAUUUAUAAGCGGCAAGUGACAAAAGAAUCAACAUCUAUGCGUGUCGUUGAUGAAGCGCAAAUCGAACGUCACUUUGCUGGUCAUGACUUAUUGGAGCUCUAUAAGUUUGAUCCAGAGGAAUUGAACCAUUCGGAUGUUCUCACAAAAAGGCCAUUAAUGGCUCCACCAAAAGAUCGUUUACUUGCUGAUAUAAUUUUGUCCCAUAAGGAUGCUAUUGUAAACUAUAUUCAGCAUGAUUCAUUGUUCAAAAAUCUAGAAGAAGAGAAACUGACGGAUCAGGAGUGUAAAGAAGCUUGGGAAGAUUACGAGCGGGAGAAAAUUAAUCCUAAUAAAGGGUCAUAUAGCAGCUUAAUGCAGCAAGCACAAAUAGGAACAUAUGCAUUUAUUGGACAAGGUUGGACAAUUUCCAAUAUCAUUUGGAAUAAAUAUCUGGCACCUUUUUAA